GUCCGGGGGUUGGAAAAACACAUUCGUGACACAACUUUCAAGUGAAUCACUCCAAAUCCAACAUGUACAAAGUUAUCAUAAUAGUUAUUGUUGCGGUUAUUGCAUACUGCACAGCGCAGGUUAACUUUUCCCCUAAUUGGGGAAAGAGAGCCAUCAAUCCGGGAGAAGAAAAUGGAAACAACUGUAAAGAGAGCGUGGAUACAUUAAUGCUCAUCUAUAAGAUUAUACAGAAUGAAGCUCAAAAGUUAGUAGAAUGUGAGAAAUUUUCGAACUGAUCCAUCACAGAUGAAUAUGUGCCCAUGUGAAAAUAUCUUUGUAGAAAAAAUAAACUUUUUGUGAUUUAAAUGUAUUUCAGUUGUUCUGAAUAAAAGAUGAGUAAAUAGGCUGGAAA